CUCCAACCUUCGAUUCUUCUUCUUCUUUCCCCUUCUCCAAGCAUCGCCAACCUUCUCCUUCUCCGGCCUUCGCCGCCGCCGCCGCCCACUUCGCCCUAAAAGCGCCGCCGCGAGAGCGCUCUCCGCGUCUCUCCUCUCCUCUCCCACUCGGGCGACCCUGAAACCCAGAACCCAUUGUGAUUUGUGAACCCCUCCCACUCGUCACGCGAUGUCACGCGCCGCCGUGACCAGGCUCUCGCGCGCCGCCCGGGCGGCGGCGCGGCGCCACGCUGUUGGCCGAGACCCCCUCCCCGUCCGCGCCCUCGCGCCGCUCGCUGGGGAUGCUUCCUCUGCCACCUCAGCCACCGCCGGUGGAGCGAGGAGGGCUGCGUCCGCGUGGUUCGCCCCGCCCAUGGGCCGGCUGCUGGUGCCGCCGCCGCCGUCCCGGCGACUGUUCCAGUACACGCAGCCGGCGAGGUACAGCACCUCGUCCUCGUCUCAGAUAACUCCAGGAGAAUUCACUGAGAUGGCCUGGGAGGGGGUUGUCGGUGCGGUUGAUGCAGCAAGAAUGUCGAAGCAACAAGUAGUGGAAGCAGAGCACCUGAUGAAAGCUCUUCUGGAGCAGAAGGAUGGUUUAGCACGCAGAAUAUUUUCAAAAGCUGGAAUAGAUAACACAUCUGUCCUGCAAGCUACUGAUGAGUUCAUUUCUAAACAGCCAAAGGUUAUUGGUGAUACAAGUGGGCCAAUCAUAGGGUCAAGUUUCGUAUCAAUUUUGGAUAAUGCAAGGAAGUAUAAGAGAGAGUAUGGUGAUGAGUUUGUAUCUGUUGAGCACAUAUUGCGAGCAUUCACAGCAGAUAAGAGGUUUGGACAGCAGCUGUUCAAAGAUCUGAAAAUUGGGGAGAAUGAAUUGAAGGAAGCUAUCUUGGCUAUACGUGGCAGUCAGCGGGUCACUGAUCAGAAUCCGGAAGGGAAGUUCCAGGCUCUAGAGAAGUAUGGUAUUGACAUGACAGAGUUAGCUCGACGUGGAAAACUGGAUCCUGUUAUUGGCCGGGAUGAUGAAGUGCGCAGAUGCAUUCAGAUCCUUUGCAGGAGAACUAAGAAUAACCCUGUAAUUAUUGGUGAGCCAGGAGUCGGCAAAACUGCUAUCGCUGAAGGAUUGGCUCAGCGUAUUGUGCGGGGAGAUGUUCCUGAACCUUUACAGAAUAGAAGGCUUAUUUCAUUGGACAUGGGAGCAUUACUUGCUGGGGCUAAAUUCCAUGGAGAAUUUGAAGGGAGACUUAAGGCUGUUCUGAAGGAGGUCACUGCCUCGAAUGGGCAGAUCAUCUUGUUCAUUGAUGAGAUUCACACUAUUGUUGGUGCAGGCGCAACAGGUGGGGCAAUGGAUGCUGGUAAUUUAUUGAAACCAAUGUUAGGCCGGGGGGAACUCCGUUGCAUUGGAGCAACAACAUUGGAUGAGUACCGGAAGUACAUUGAAAAGGAUGCUGCUCUGGAGCGUAGGUUCCAGCAGGUUUAUUGUGGUGAGCCAGCAGUUGAGGAUACAAUCUCUAUAUUGCGUGGCCUAAGAGAGCGGUACGAACUGCACCAUGGUGUCAAAAUAUCAGAUGGAGCUCUUGUUGCUGCAGCCGUUUUAUCAGAUCGCUACAUCACUGGACGUUUUUUGCCUGACAAAGCUAUUGACCUAGUUGAUGAAGCAGCUGCUAAGCUGAAAAUGGAGAUAACAUCGAAACCUAUUGAGUUGGAUGAGGUAGAUAGAGAAAUUAUAAGGUUUGAAAUGGAGAAGCUCUCACUGAAGAAUGAUACUGAUAAAGCCUCCAAAGAGCGACUGAGCAAGCUUGAAGCUGAUCUAGAAUCUCUCAAGCAGAAGCAGAAAAACCUUUCAGAACAUUGGGAAUAUGAGAAGUCCUUGAUGACUCGCAUAAGAUCAAUUAAGGAAGAGACUGACAGAGUUAACCUGGAGAUUGAAGCUGCUGAGAGAGAGUAUGACUUGAGCCGUGCAGCUGAGCUCAAGUACGGAACACUUCUGUCGCUACAAAAACAGCUUGAAGAGGCUGAGAAUAAACUCGUGGAAUUCCAGCAGUCAGGCAAGUCAAUGCUUCGAGAAGAAGUGACUGAUGUUGACAUUGCCGAGAUUGUUAGCAAGUGGACUGGUAUUCCAGUGUCAAACCUUCAACAAUCUGAAAGGGAAAAGUUACUGCUAUUGGAAGAUGUACUCCACAAGAGGGUUAUUGGCCAAGAUAUUGCAGUGAAAUCAGUGGCUAAUGCAAUCCGUCGUUCCAGGGCAGGCUUAUCAGACCCUAACCGUCCCAUAGCGAGCUUAAUGUUUAUGGGUCCUACAGGUGUAGGGAAGACCGAACUGGGGAAAACGCUGGCUGAAUUCCUUUUCAACACUGAGAAUGCUCUAAUACGAAUUGAUAUGAGCGAGUACAUGGAAAAGCAUGCCGUCUCCCGUUUGGUUGGCGCUCCUCCUGGCUAUAUUGGUUAUGAGGAAGGGGGCCAAUUGACAGAAGCUGUUCGUCGUAGGCCUUAUUCUGUGGUUCUUUUCGAUGAAAUUGAGAAAGCACACCAGGAUGUGUUCAACAUCUUACUGCAACUGUUGGAUGAUGGAAGAAUAACUGACUCUCAGGGCAGAACAGUCAGCUUUACUAACUGUGUUAUCAUCAUGACUUCGAACAUUGGGUCGUCAUUGAUUCUUGACACACUUAGAAACACAUCAGACAGCAAGGAGGCAGUUUAUGAAAUAAUGAAGAAGCAAGUGGUUGAGAUGGCUCGGCAGACAUUUCGGCCAGAGUUUCUGAAUAGGAUAGAUGAGUAUAUUGUGUUCCAACCGCUGGACACCACAGAGAUAAAUCGCAUCGUGGAGAUCCAGCUGAACCGAGUCAAGAACCGGCUGAGGCAACAGAAAAUUCAUCUUCAGUAUACACCAGAAGCUGUGGAGCAUCUUGGCUCUCUCGGCUUUGACCCUAACUAUGGCGCUAGGCCUGUGAAGAGGGUGAUCCAGCAGAUGGUGGAGAACGAGAUCGCCCUCCGUGUCCUGAAGGGCGACUUCAAAGAAGACGACACCGUCCUGGUUGACGUGAGCUCCAUGGCAAUCGCGAAAGGUCUUGCUCCACAGAAGAAGCUUGUCCUCCAGAGGUUAGAGAAUGCAAACCUAGAGUUUGUUGCCAAUGACUAGUACACGAAGGCAUCGCCAAAUCUUGUAUCAGGUUUGAGGUUCCUCUCAAAGAGUAGAUGCUUUCAGCAGCUGCAGGAGCUGAUAGUUCCACGUUUCCCCACUUCUGAGCUCUCUUCUGGCAUUUUAUGGAAGUCCUGUCCAGUGGGGGGAAAAAAGGUAACUUGCAAAGGACGAUAGUUUGAACUGUUCUGUAAAUACUAGUUUCUCCAGGCAUUGCAAUUUUCCCUUUGCUGCUA